AUGAAAUACUUUACCAAGGGAGAAAGGCAGAAUUCAUUCUUCACCCGCAUCAGCGAGUCGCCGCGCGCAGGUUCCACCAACAGAGAGUCCUGGUCUGUACUCCACAAGCUCCAUGAUAAGGGCCACGGCUUUCCAAAGCAACUACCACUCUCCGGUGUCUGCUGGGAGGAUUUCGGGAAGGUCCUCUUCCACCUCAACGACUGGGAAACAGGGCUCAUGACUCUGUUCGGUGUUGAGCCGCAGUUCCUCGAAAGAAUUGAGCACGUCGCACUGUGGUGGUUCAUGGAAAACCAGAUGUCCGAGGUGUGCGAAGAACUCGCCAAAUACUGCCCAAGGCUGAAAACGAUUGUCAUGCAGAAAAGAGACUGGAGGUUGCAGGUGUUGCCGGACUGCGCCAAAGAUCCGCCCCUGGAUCUUGAUUCGACAGCCUUUUGCGAAUGGAUUCUGCGCUACGAGGGGCCCGAGAUCACGCAUUCCGUGCCGGACGGGUCAUUGUUCCGAGAUUUCCUGAUGGUGAAGCGAUGGAAGGAUAACAGACCCAAGAUGCAUCUAGUCUCAUCUUGUACUGCGAAUUAUGCGAAUCUCAUUCCAGAAGAGAUACCGUGGCAAAAAGAUAUCUUCCUCCUUCCAUGGCGGGAUUUGUAG